AGCCAACAACAACAACAACUACAACAACUGCAGCAGCAGCAGCAGAAACAGCCGCAACAACUGCAACCAUGUUGGAUAGUUCAACGACUUUGGGCAGCAGCAACAACAAAUUGAACGCAAGCGAUGCUGAGAGCUCAACGGCGACUGUUGUAAUGAUCAGCAAGGAGGAGACUACAGUGCGCUCUACAAGUAUUGAACCCAUUACCUCCACGGAGCCAACGACAACACCGCGUGUUGAGGCUGUUCAGCAUGCAGAGCUGGAUCAGACGCAUAUACAACAUAUACCUCUAAAGGAUGAGCACGCAGAGACUGAUGCAGUCGCCACAACUGAGAGCCAAAUGCAGCAGGAGCAGCAUGAACAGCAGCAUGAGCUCUUGAUCAAUCAGAUUUCCAAUGAGAGCGAAGAUGAUGCCAAGGAUUUGAAUAAUUUCCGACAUCCGGCAACGCUCAUAACUGCCAGCGAUAGUGAGGAGAACGAGCCCCGCCCCGUUGAGAAUGAAAGUGACAGCGAGCAGCGAACAGUCGCUGCGUCAACAGCAGCAGCAACAACAACAACCACAAGCAGCACAACUGAAAAGGCAGCAACAAGUGAAUCAGAAGAUCCCUAUCAUGUGCAUAUACUGUCCGAGAAUCAUGAUCGCCUGGCCGAGCACGAAGAUUAUCAAAUGCUGUCAAGCAGCACUGAGGAGGGCGAGUCAGCGACAACAGCAACAACAACAGCAGCAGCUACAUCAACAGCAGCAACAACAACAAGCACAAGCGAGUCGAUUGCUGGCAUUGUUGUCAGCAUGGAGCACAAGGCGACUGCACAGCCGGCAACUGAGACGACAACAACAUCGCGAGCACGCGCCAUGCAUAUGAAUGAGCACGAAGAGCAGCCAAUGUUGGUGGCAGAGCAAGAGGCAGAAGCAGAGGCAACCACAAUGAGUAGUGCGCAGCCAGAAGAGCCGAGCGACGCAGUGAUUAACAUUGUUGAAGGACAACAUGCGCACCCAGCGCUGGAUACUACAACAACCACAACAACAACAACCACCAGCGAAUCGCCAUUUGUUGCGUUUGCCGGCGAGGGUCGCUCCGCGGGCGACGAUAGCGAUGCGGAGCUGAUCUUCCAGCAUAAUAAUGCCACCAUGCAUGAAUCGUUAAUGGACCUAAGCGACGUCAGCAUGGAUGAGGAUCGCACUGAGCUGCCAGCCACAUCAACAACCACUACUUCAACUACUACUGCAGCUACAACAACAACAGCGCAAGCGGAAACGGAAGUGCCGAAAAUCGUAGAAAUUACAGCCAGCGGCGAUACAAUGCACCGCGAAUGUCUGGCCAACAACAAGAACUAUAAGCAUGGCGAGAGCAUGGAACGCGACUGCGAUGAGCGUUGCACCUGCAAUCGCGGCGAAUGGAUCUGUGAGCCGCGUUGCAAGGGCGCUACUUAUCCGCGUGGCAGCCAGCGCAGCAUGGCUAAUCCGCAUUGCCACGAGCGUCUGGUGGAGGAGGAUGAGUGCUGCCGCACAAUGGUCUGUGACGAGCCAUUGUUGGAGCCCAGCGUUUCGACGACCAAUAUGGAAGCAUCGCCAGCACCUGUCUACGAGCAGGAGGAAGGAGGGAGCACGCCAAGGCCGCGCAGCGACUGCUCCUACAAGGAUAAUGUGUACAAGUUCCGCGAACGCUUGGAAAUUGGCUGCGAGCAGAUUUGCCAUUGCGACGAGGGAGGCAUCAUGAAUUGCCGCCCACGCUGCCCAGAGCGCAAUCAUACGCGCGCCGACAAGUGUGUGUAUGUGAAGGAUCCCAAGGAUGUCUGCUGCCAGCUGGAACUGUGCGAUGUUACGCUGGAUGACCACGAGCAGCAGCAACCACCGACGCCAACACUGCAUGCCGGCAAUAGCAUUGGUGAGGAACAUGAGCAGGAGCGCAGCUUUGGCUCGACGGAGCAGGCUCGCGCUGCUGGCGGCGCCACGGCCACUUGUGAGCACAAGGGUGUGCAAUAUGAGCUGGGACAGCAGUUCCGCGAUGGCUGUGAGCAGCUGUGCAUUUGCAAUGAGCAGGGCUUACAUUGUGCCAAGGUAGAGUGUCCCUCCAACUUUGGUCUGGACGUGCUCAAUCCACACUGCAUACGCUGGGAGCCAGUGCCGGCGGACUUUAAGGCCGUAGCGCCACAUUGCUGUCCAGAGAGUAUGCGCUGCGUGGAUAACGGCACUUGCAGCUACCAGGGCAUGGAGUUCGACAACUGGGCGCCCAUACCGGCCAAUAUAACAGGUUGCGAGAAGCAUUGCUACUGUGAGAACGGCAAGGUUGAGUGUCGUCCCGCCUGUCCGCCAGUAUUGGCUUUGCCACCAGCGGACUUGCCUUGCCAUCCAGCGCAGGCGCGUCUAUUGCCCAUACCCGAAGACGAGUGCUGCAAGCACUGGACCUGUGCACCGCUAGCGCCCAAGCUGGGUGGUGGCCAGCAGGAGCACGAGCAGGACCAACAGCAAACAUUACCAACCCAAGCGUCCACGCCCACACCCAAUGAGACAACAGUGCCACAAGCCAAGCCCAUAGAGCUUGACUAUGAAAAGAAGCCCACGUUGAGUGCCUUCUAUCCGACUCUGGAUGGCAAGCCGCCCAAAGCGAGCGCUGGCAUCUUUGAGAAGCACGACAAGGCACAUAAGAAAGCACACCAGCAGCAGCAGCAUCAACACCAACACCAGCAGCAGCAACAAAAGCAGCAGCAACAACAACAGAAUGAUAUUAAAUACGAUGUGCAUGAGGAACAGCAAGAGGAUGUGGUUAACAAUGGAGCAGCCCUGUUGCCAGCUGGUGGCUUUGUGCCAUUGCAGCUAGGUGGUCACUACAACGACUACCACCAACAACAGCAGCAGCAUCAGCAGCAACACCAGCAUCAGCAACAUUUGGGUCCCUAUGGCUUUUACAAUCCUGUCAAGCCUGCCUAUGACGCCUACAAUCCUUACGAGCCAUACGAAAUCAAUCCCAAUGGCAUACCGCAAGGUAAACCGCCACCAGUGCCUACUAGUCAAUCGGAUCUGUUCAAUAUACUGGGCGCAGAGCAGCCCGGACAUCAGCACACUGCUCAAAAGGAAAACAUCAAUCCCAAUCCAAACUCUCAGCUGCAAAUCGAUCAGAUACUGCAGCAUCUGCAGCAAAGUGUGCCCGGCGGAGCAGCACAACAGCAUCAACAUCAGCAACAGCAACAUGCUCCACCACCACAUGGCAUUGCCAUUGUUGAUGGCCAACCUGUAGCCUACGAAAGCUAUCCGUUAAUACCAGGCCACCCAUUGCAUCAUUCACAGCAGCAGCAGCAGCAACAACAACAGCAACAGCCCAACAUACCGUCAAGCUCUAGCACUAGCUCCGGCCUCUCCACACAGGCCAGCGAACAUAGUCUGCAUCAUAGUCAGGGUCAAGCUCCAAGCCAGAUGCUGAGCUUGGAUAAGCGACCAACGCCAGCGCAGCAAGCAGGCUUCAGCAAUCUGCAGCCCGACAUUGAGGUCCACACACUGGAGGCCAUUGAUCCGCGCACCAUACGCAUUGUGUUCACUGUACCGCAGGUCUAUGUUAAUCUUCACGGCCGCGUCGAGCUGCGCUAUACAAACGGACCCAGCAACGAUUCGUCCAACUGGGAGCAGCAGAUAUUUGCGCCGCCCGAAGAUCUGAUUGCCACCUCGCAAAUGGAAUUCGAUCUGCCCGGACUCGAGCCGAAUUCGCUGUACAAGGUGAAAAUAACGCUGAUACUGCGUGAUCUCAAUUCACAGCCCACGAGCAGCGUGUUUACGGUUAAGAUGCCAGCGGAGCGCACCAUAACGCCGCCGCCGCAAAUCUCGGACUACAGGCCGGACUUCCAGGAUAUAUUCAAGACCGUGGAGGAUCCGGAGCUGAAUGUGAGCGAGACCAAUGCCACCUGGCUGCAGCUGACGUGGAAGAAACUGGCCGACGAACAGCUGGAUGUGGUGGAUGGCAUGCAGCUGCGCUACAAGGAGCUAACUGGCAUGAUCUACUCGUCCUCGCCGCUCAUCCAUCGCACACUCACCAGCUACACCAUACAGAAUCUGCAGCCAGAUACGGGCUACGAGAUUGGUCUCUACUAUAUUCCAUUUGCCGGACAUGGCGCUGAGCUGCGUGCUGGACACAUGAUCAAGGUGCGCACAGCGCCAAAGGUCGAUGUUUAUGGCUUUGAUGUGACGGUGAAUGUGACCAAGGUGAAGACACAGAGCGUGGAAAUCUCCUGGAAUGGCGUGCCCUAUCCGGAGGACAAGUUCGUGCACAUCUAUCGUGCUAUUUACCAGAGCGAUGCUGGCAAGGAGGACUCGAGCGUCUUCAAGGUGGCCAAACGGGACAGCACCACAGGAACGCUCAUUAUGGACCUCAAACCUGGCACUAAGUAUCGCCUCUGGCUGGAAAUGUAUCUGACCAAUGGCAACACGAAGAAGAGCAAUGUGGUCAACUUCAUAACCAAACCAGGUGGCCCAGCGGCGCCAGGCAAAACAGGUAAACUGCUUACGGCGGGAAUGACAGAUCAACCAACUGGUGACUAUUACGGUCCUCUCGUGGUGGUUUCUGUAAUUGCUGCGCUGGCUAUCAUGUCCACGCUGGCGUUGCUGCUGAUCAUUACCAGGCGGCGAGUGCAUCAAACGGCUUCCAUUACCCCACCCCGCAAGAGCGAUGCAGCCUACGACAAUCCCUCGUAUAAAGUAGAAAUACAGCAAGAGACCAUGAAUCUGUAACGGCCCACACUGCUGGGCAACUCUCCCACACUAGCUUAGAACUCUAAAGGUUCUUGUAAAUACUUCAAAA